CACGCAUAAGAAGAGUUAUGAGACACAACCUUAGAUGGAACAUAGAAAGGUCCAACUGUUGGUUCCAUUCCGACUCCCAUCCCAUCCCAUCCCACUGUCUUGCUAAAAAAGAAAACCCCAAAAAAAAAGUGUUUUAUCUUUUUGCUCCUCAAUACAAAGUGAAGCAUAUAGUAGAAAACAAACGAACACGGCAAUGCAAACGCGCGCAGCGUUGACAACAAAACCACAAACCAAUUAACCGAACAUGAAUUCCGAUUGGGACAGCGGCGGCGGUGGCGGUGGCGCGACGCUAAUCCCUGGUCUCCCAAACGACGUAGCGGCGUCGAUCCUCUCGAAGGUCCCCUACUCCCACCACGGGAGGCUCAAAGCGACAUGCAAAUCAUGGAAACUGCUCCUCUCCUCGAAAUCGUUCUUAGCCUCGCUGAACAAACGUAACCACCUUCUCUGCAUCUUCCCGCAAGAUCCUUCACUCGCUUCACCCUUUCUCUUCGAUCCGAACUCGCUCGCGUGGUGCCCGCUCCCUCCCAUGCCCUGCAGCCCCCACGUGUACGGCCUCUGCAACUUCGCCGCUGUCUCCGUCGGGCCCCACCUCUAUGUCCUUGGUGGGUCCCUCUUCGACACGCGCUCCUUCCCCAUCGAUCGCCCUUCCCCGUCCUCCGCCACGUUCAGGUUCAACUUCCACGACUUCUCGUGGGAGCCACGCGCCCCAAUGCUGUCUCCCAGGGGGAGCUUCGCCUGCGCGGUGGUGCCGGCCGGCGGGAGCAUUUAUGUGGCCGGCGGGGGUUCGAGGCAUACGAUGUUCGGGGCGGCCGGGUCGAGGAUUCGGUCGGCGGAGCGGUAUGAGGUGGGGAGAGACCGGUGGGUGCCGAUGGAGAAUCUUCCCGGGUUUCGCGCCGGGUGUGUCGGGUUUGUCGGAGGGGAGGGGAGGGAGUUCUGGGUGAUGGGGGGGUACGGCGCGUCGAGGACGAUUUCCGGGGUGUUUCCGGUGGAUGAGUAUUAUAGGGAUGCGGUGGUGAUGGGAGUGGAGAGUGGCGCGUGGAGAGAGGUUGGGGAUAUGUGGGGGAAUGGGGAGAGGGUCAGGGUUGGGAAGAUUGUUGUGGUUGAUGAUAAUGGAUGCCCCAUGCUUUUCAUGCUUGAUGCCAAUGAGAUUUUGAGAUAUGACAUGUCUUCUAAUCGUUGGCUAUACGAGUCUCGUGUGCCAAGAAAAGCUCCUUACAAUUCGUCCUUUGGUGUUGUUGUGUUAGACGGGGAGCUUUAUGUAGUGACACAUUUAUGUGUCGUUGAUUUUACAGAAACACGAAGGUCCAGACAACAUAAGAGGGCAGGAACUCUGUUCAUUCAAAUAUAUGACCCAAAAAAGAAGACAUGGAGAUCGCUUGUUGCAAAAUCACCUUUCCAUUACCCUAUAGAUAUUAAUAGUGCUGUAUUGAGCUCAAUUUGUCUAUGAAUAAUGUUGCAUCCUAUUUGUAUAGUAUAGGGAUCACUUCCAAAUUGAUUGUGUAUCGCAUCAUUUGAUCCACCAGAUUCCAUGUAGGUGGCUUAUUUGUAUAUUUCUGUAUGUAGUAUGUCUUGAUCGGGGCAUUCACUUUGUAUUAGUUGAUACCAUCUAAAUUUGGAUACAAGUGACGUAUAGUAUCAGCUUUUUCUAGUGUUGUAAUCCUGAAGUACUGAAAUAUUUAUAAUGGAUAAAGAAAUGAGUGAAACUUGCAAAUUUGCUUGAUUU